AAAUCAAGAUGGACCGAUCCGUCACCCGAAGCCCACGGUAGGGUCUUGAACCGCACUAAAACCCUUCCACCCUCCUCCGAGACGGCGGCGUCGUCCCGUCCCAUGGCGAGCUUUGUCCGAACCCGCCUCUGCGACCGCCGCGCGUCCGCGGUCUCUCGCUCCUACGCCGUUGCGGCCACCGCCAGACCUUCUUCCGCCUCGCCCAACUUGGCGAACGAGAGACCUGCCGCGCUGAAGCCGGCGACGGUGGAGGAAGAGGAGGUCCCCACGUCGGGCAUCUGCCGCCCCCUUUCGGAGAUCCUCAGGGAGCUUAACAAGAAGGUCCCGGAUUCGCUCAUCAGGACCCGCGUAGAAAACGGCGUGGCCACCAGACACAUCCCUUGGCACUUCAUCAAUCGAAUUCUGAAUGUACAUGCUCCUGAAUGGUCUGGUGAGAUUCGAAGCAUUGUGUAUUCAACGGAUGGGAGUUCAGUCUCUGUUGUUUAUCGUGUAACUCUAUAUGGGACAGAUGCUGAGAUUUAUAGAGAAGCAAGUGGAACUGCUUCUGUUAAGGAUACGGAGCACGGAGACCCUGUGCAGAAGGCAGAAGCGAUGGCAUUCCGAAGAGCUUGUGCACGCCUUGGGCUUGGACUUCAUCUUUACCAUGAAGACACAUCAUAAAACUAUAAUGUCUACUUACCAUGGUGUGCAACUUGGUUUGCUUCAGGUUUUAGUUUUGGAAAUAUUGUAUUUGCUGUUCCUUGUGGAUGAGUGGUUCUUCCACAGCAUUCAUGCAUGUCCUUGUUAGAGCAAUGCAUGUUUUUGGGUGAAAGUCAAUGCUAACUGUAAUCGUGAAACAUUUUACUUGUGAGAGAUGAGUUAAUCAUCAUGCUUAUGUUAAAGUCACUAGAAAUAGUCUUGGCUA